AUGAGGAGUGAGGACGCAUACAUACACAUGCAUGUAUUAACGUGUUCUUUAGGUGUUCCUCAACAGGUCAUACUUAUCAAUGAUCAGUUUCCUGGUCCAGCGAUUGAAGCUGUUACAAACAAUAACAUUGUUGUUAAUCUUAUUAACAAACUCGACGAACCUUUCCUCAUCACAUGGAAUGGAGUGAAGCAGAGGAGAACAUCGUGGCAAGAUGGAGUAUUGGGAACAAACUGUCCAAUUCAACCAAACUCGAACUGGACUUAUCAGUUUCAACUUAAAGACCAAAUCGGGACUUACACUUACUUCGCUUCCACAUCGAUGCACCGAGCCAGUGGUGCUUUUGGUGCUCUCAACAUUAACCAGAGAUCCGUUAUUACCACUCCUUAUGAUCAACCUGAUGGAGAUUUCACUCUCCUAGUCACUGACUGGUUCCAAAUGAGCCACAAGAAAUUGCGAAAGCGGCUAGACGCAGGCUAUGCUCUUCCUCUUCCUGAUGCUCUUCUUAUCAAUGGUGUUUCUAAUGGUUUAAUCUUUACCGGUCAACAAGGUAAAACAUAUAAGUUUCGGGUAUCGAAUGUCGGUAUAGCGACAUCGAUAAACUUUAGGAUUCAAAAUCAUACAAUGAGCCUCAUUGAAGUAGAAGGCGCUCACAGUCUUCAAGAGAGCUAUGAGUCGCUUGACGUCGACGUUGGUCAGUCCGUAACAUCGUGGCCUCGACCCGAUUUACUAAACCGAUACUAA